CACGCGCAUCAAACAAAAAAAAAAAAAAAAAAAAAAAAAAACCAUUUUACGUUCCCUCAACAACACUCUUCUCUCAACGCAAUAAUGGUUUCUGCACUCCCCGUCGCUGGCCUUUUGGUCGCUGCCGUCGCUGCACAGACCGUGACCCCAGAUGCGCCCAUCACGGCCCCGACGUCGUGCGCCUCGGGUGUGCAGAUCUUUGUCGCCCGCGGCUCGACCGAGGCUCCUGGCAUGGGCAAGAUCCGGACCGUCGCCGGCAACGUGACCGCUGCUAUCCCCGGCAGCGCCAUCACUGCCGUGGACUACCCGGCUUCGUUUGACGACUACGCAGAGAGCGUCAUGAACGGCACCGCCAACCUUGGCAAGCUCGUCAAGGACUACGUCAAGCUGUGUCCCGACAGCAAGAUCGCCCUGCUCGGCUACUCUCAGGGUGCUCAGGCCGUCGCCGAUCUCAUCUGUGGCGCCAGCAGUGAACUCAUGCCCGUUAAGUCGGCGGAUCUUGAUGAUAUCUAUGACAAGAACAUCAUCGCCAUGAUCCUCUUUGGCGACCCAACCCGUGCUGCCAACCAGACGUUCAACUACGGCACCGUCACUGACCGCGAUGGUCUCUUCCCGCGUCUCAAGAACGACGCCUGCGAGCCCUACUCCCCUCGCCUCCGGUCGUGGUGUGACGUCGCCGACCGCUACUGCGACCCCUCCGCCCCUGGUGGUAUCGACACCACUGUCCACGGCACCUACUUCAACAAGUACACCCAGGUCGCCAAGGACUUUGUUGUCGAGCAGUGGAACCUGAGCCAAAAGUACCUGCCCACGAGGAGCUCCAGCGGCAGCGUAUACCCCACCGGCGCGACCGGCACCAACGGCACCCGGCCUUUGCAGUCCAGCAGUGCUCCCGUGCCUACCAGCACGAGCACCACUCCCGUAACUGCCGGUGCCUCGAAGACCGGUGCCGCCGCUUUUGGCGCCGUCGUCAUGGCUGGUGUCGCUGCGUUCCUCGCAUAGGGUAGCUAGGUAAUUUUGCUCCUCGGGAUUGGAAAAUAAUUAGAGACGACGUUUUUUUUUUUUUGGAAAUGAAUCUCUUUAUUGAGGGUACGAUUCUUGUCAGGGCUUAUUGCAUUGCUCGGCGUCACUUGCAUUUGAUCAACAUUAGUACAUAGAUCUAUGAUGAUAUAAUUAAUUAUUUGGGGAUGGUUGUGUAUACAUA